AUGGUGGAAGCGGCGGGGCCUCUCCGGAGAAGAGGCGGCACCAUGGAGGAGGUGCAGAUGGAGGAGGCAUUCAUCUUCUCUGAAACCAUCAAGGUCGGUUCAUCCUUCAAAUUAUGCCCGUGCUUAUCGAUCUUCCCCUGCAAUCUCAAGACUCUGCUUGGGCAUUUUCACAUCAGCAACAAUCUCACUCUCUCUAUGCAGGAUCUCAAGGCUCUGCGGCCGCAGCUGUAUUCCGCAGCAGAGUAUUUCGAGCUGGCCUACACACAGGAAGGCCGAAAGCAGGCGGUGAUGAGUAACCUCAAGGAAUACGCUGUGAAGGCCCUGGUCAACACUGUAGAUCACCUAGGGUCCGUAUCCUUCAAAGUCUCCAGCCUUGUCGAUCAAAGGUUCGACGAGGUGGCCGAAGCCAACCUGCGGGUCUCCUGCAUCCAGCAGAGAGCUCAGGCGAUCCACGCAUGCGUGAACAGAGAAGGCCUGACGCAGCAAUCCUUGUCGAUCGCCGCUCCAAAGUAUCACAAGAGGUACAUCUUACCAGGAGAUGGUUCAGUUCCCAAUGCCGUGCCGAACUUCAGCGAGAUGAAUAAGGUCAAGAGCAGGACUGCGCAGAUGCAUCAGGCCUUCCGUGGUAAGGAUCUGCAAUCCAUGAAAAAUGGCGGACGUGUGUUGGAUAUCUUGAACUUGAUUUUGACCUGGAAUGCCUACGUGUUGGCAGCAGCAGCAUCUGCAGCUCAAACAAAAAACAAAUACAAGCAAGCUUCAUUCCGCAAGCUCCGGUCGAUUGCCCGUGCACCUUCUCAGAGCGCACGUUCAUCCUCUCCAGCACAGCAUCCGCGCUUCGUGCCGCCUUCUGAUACUGCAAUACCCACCAAAAGAGAUAAAAGAUCGGAUUCACCAAUUUAUUUGACAACUCCACUCACAAGGUCUGGGUCACUCUCAAAGAAGUCAUCCUUGCUCAAGACAUCAAGUGUCAGGGUCCAGAUGCAGACAACUUCAGAUCCCAAGAGAUUGGCACCGCUGCGGUCAUACACUGACAGGUACAAUGAUGAUUCCAUGGAAAGCGAGCAGACUCUGAAGAAGGGCAAGAAGUUCCUCAAGUCUCUGCUCAGUAGGCGCAAGUCUGGAAAAGAAGAACCACUGCAGGAUAGUGUUCCUUAGGCUGUAAAGGAUGAAAUUUUUCAUAGGAGUGUCCAUUACUAUCCUCAGUACUCUGUACUCAGUUAACUUUGUCCGAUUCCUCUUAAUAGUAAUUAUUCUUUAUGUUUUUUCACCAUUUGAAAGACGGUGCUUAAGGUGAGCCCUGGCACUGGAAAUGACUUGAAUUAUUAUUAUUUUGCUCGAGAGAUAGGUGUGCUGGAUGACGUUGUUGGAUACAUGUAUCGAGUAAGGCAUUAACCUUUUUCUGUCUCUUUAACAGAACUCACGUUUUCAUGUUACAUCAGCAGUACAUUAGUUAGGCAAUGUACAUUCAUCAAGUCAGGCAAACUGUGGCUUGUU